AUAUAGCCAGUUGAUGUCAGCUGAAUGCCAGUCUCUUCAGAAAAGCUCAGUCCCCAGUUUGAGUCAGAGUAGGGACCAUGCUGUCCCAUGCUCAAGGAUAAAAACCAUCAGGCCCAAGUGCCAUCUAUAGUCCAUCUCCAGAGUCUUCCUCCACAAACUGGGAUUCAUCCCCGCUGAAAAAGCACAAUCUAACAGCAAGGGAACAAAAAAACCAUGCUAUCACAUAAUACUAUGGUGAAGCAGAGAAAACAGCAAGCAACAGCCAUCAUGAAGGAAGUCCAUGGAAAUGAUGUUGAUGGCAUGGACCUGGGCAAAAAGGUCAGCAUCCCCAGAGACAUCAUGUUGGAAGAAUUAUCCCAUCUCAGUAACCGUGGUGCCAGGCUAUUUAAGAUGCGUCAAAGAAGAUCUGACAAAUACACAUUUGAAAAUUUCCAGUACCAAUCUAGAGCACAAAUAAAUCACAGUAUUGCUAUGCAGAAUGGGAAAGUGGAUGGAAGUAACUUGGAAGGUGGUUCGCAGCAAGCCCCCUUGACUCCUCCCAACACCCCAGAUCCACGAAGCCCUGCAAAUCCAGACAACAUUGCUCCAGGAUAUUCUGGACCACUGAAGGAAAUUCCUCCCGAAAAAUUCAACACCACAGCUGUCCCUAAGUACUAUCAAUCUCCCUGGGAACAAGCCAUUAGCAAUGAUCCAGAGCUUUUAGAGGCUUUAUAUCCUAAACUUUUCAAGCCUGAAGGAAAGGCAGAACUGCCUGAUUACAGGAGCUUUAACAGGGUUGCCACACCAUUUGGAGGUUUUGAAAAAGCAUCAAGAAUGGUUAAAUUUAAAGUUCCAGAUUUUGAGCUACUAUUGCUAACAGAUCCCAGGUUUAUGUCCUUUGUCAAUCCCCUUUCUGGCAGACGGUCCUUUAAUAGGACUCCUAAGGGAUGGAUAUCUGAGAAUAUUCCUAUAGUGAUAACAACCGAACCUACAGAUGAUACCACUGUACCAGAAUCAGAAGACCUAUGAAAAGAAAGUUGUAUGUGCCACAUAAAACUCUGAAUAUAAAAGUUGCUGUUUUACUAUUUUAAUUACUGGCAAAGCCACUUGCAUUUUUCAUUAGUAGCAAUAAUAGCAAUUUAGUGAUUUUCCUUUUGUGACAUUCAAUUUCAAUCUCAGAUCAAAUACUAAUAAACAAUUAGAAAUCUUACUUUAAAAAACUUAUAACUCACUUGUCUUCAUUCAUAAUUUUGUUUUCACCUGGUUUAAAGAAUCUAGACAUUUUACUGCAAAAGUUCAGAUGGAAAAGUAAUUGACAGUUUCACCUUUGUCUCAUUUUAUAUGAUUUAUUGCAGGGUAAGUUUUUCAAGUGGAAUCUAGAAUCAAAAUACAGGGAGAGAUAUGAAGACUUAUUCAGAGUUUCAUCUAAGGGAUGAAAGCUAUGGAAGAUGAUGUACAAAUGUUAUUGAUGGAGAAAAUGGUUGGGUGUGUCCUUUCUGGUGACCAUGAGAAAAUAAUAUGUCUUGAUGAAGUCUUUUCAUUAGUCACUCUUAGAAUUCUAAAGUGCUUCGCACUUUUCAAUAUGUUUUGAAUCAUUAGGUAAUUUAUUCUGGAUGAUAUUGUCCAAAGUUCAAUUCAGUUAUUAUAUUCAUUUAGCAUUAAGUCAAGGAGACUGAGAGACAAUGACUCAAGGGAUGUCACAGUACCAUAGUUUUAAGGACCAAGGUGUGCCCAGAAUUCAAGUUUCACAAAUCCCAGUGCUGUGCAUUGAUUACGUUCAACUUUAUGUGUGCAUUUUUAGAAGAGUAAGAACAAAUAAAGUACACACUAAUAUACAUAUAAAUACAUACAUGUUUGUGAGAGAAGGAAAGAGUAAGUAAUUUGAAUAGGCAGCUUUCUUUGCUAAAUCUUUAAAUUCUGUUAAAAUCCUCAAGUAACUGGGGAGUACAUGCUUUAGGAAACAAACAAAAACAAAGGGCAUGAAAGUAUCUGAAAGCAAGGUAGCACACAUCUAUCGUAAUAUAUGUAAUAUAUUGACAUAGAAGACUCAAACUAAACUAAUAUAAAGUUAUAGUUAUAUCUUAAAAUAUGAUUGAAGAAGUAUAUGACAUACAACUUAUAGAAAUCAGUAUCAAUUCCUUCCAUUUCAAUUCAGUUAAGACUUCUGUGAUAGAUGUUUAUAGCAGAGAAGAAAUGUCUCAUCAAUAGAAAACUAUCAGAUAAAGUUUAGGAGAUAGGAAGAAGGACUGUGUAUAGUAAUGAAAAUACCAAGUUGCAACAUUACAUAUUUACAAAAAAAAAUCUGUGUUUGUAGUGUGGAAAUUGGUGACUAUUUUAAUCAUCAUCUAGACUUGUAAGUAGAAAAAUUUUAAAAAUUUGCUUAUGAAAAUAUAACCCCCAGAAAGUAACAAUGACAAAGUAUUGUAUUUAUACAUAUUAUUGUAGAGAAUUUGUAUAUUUUUAAAUACGUCUUAAGAUAUCUUAAUUUUAUUUAUAAGUUUUGGUGUUUACCUGUUUUAAAAUGAUAAUGUUGGCAUCUGUGAUAAACUAUCAAUGAGGCUCCCAUCAUGCCAUUUUUUGUUCAUUUUAAUCUUUAAAAAAUAAAAAUUAGGCAUAUU